CUGGUCGAGCACAUGAACCUCAUGUUUAACAACAAGAAGAUCGACACGCCAUCGAUGGCUGCCAAGCUUUCGAACCUGCCGUCAACUCCCCAUCUUCCUGAUGAAGACGACAUGCCCACGCCCUCCUACGAGCAGCCCGACGACGGCUCGUCGCGCAAGGCGAUGUUUCGUAAGAUCGCGCUGGGCGUGUCCGUGCUGGCGGUCGUCGGCACGGUGGCCGCCGUGGCGCUCAACGAAACGCAGGAAGUGGCUCGUGGCACGGCGUCCUUCGGGUCUGCCGUGUCUACCUCUGUAGGUCCCCAGCACAACAACCAGGGAGCUCCUUCCGAUUUUGCUCGAUUCGCCGAGUUGGACAGUUUGGCUGAUAUUUACAAGCUACGCCUGCAAUUGGAUGCGGAGGAAGCCCCCCACCGCGGAAACCAGGCACCGCCCGCAAACGAGGGCCAACUGGCACAUGACAACAGCAUGAACGAUUUUGCCAAUUUGGCCGGUCGUGGGAACCAGCACCCCGAAGAACCCAAGCGCGUUGGGAUUCAUUAUGGACACGUCCGCCGCCACCACGACGCCACCGCCUCUCCACCUGCUGACGGACCCCAACGAGGCAACCAGGCCCCCCCUGCUGACGAACUCAGCGAGGCGCAAGUGGACAGCAUUCGCGACAUUGAAAACUUGCACGCCCAACUGGCUGGCAAGGCUCCUCAGCGUGGCAACCAGGCUCCCCCUGCUGACGAACUCAGCGAGGCGCAAGUGGACAGCAUUCGCGACAUUGAAAACUUGCACGCCCAACUGGCUGGCAAGGCUCCUCAGCGUGGCAACCAGGCUCCCCCUGCUGACGAACUCAGCGAGGCGCAAGUGGAAAGUGUGGUGGGAGUGCAGGAUGAUACCGCCCCCCAAGGCGGCGAUCAGGUGCCUGAAGUGGACUUGGCCGAACUCGACCAGGUUCUCAAAGUGUUAAAUGAGUUGAACCAGCACAACUCUCGCCACCGUCGCACCCCCAACUAAAACGUAAUCGUUUUAUCCGUGUCCUUAACUCUACAAUGUCGAUCCAAUAUAUAUAAUGUCGUGUUUAUCUACUUCGAAGUAUAAUGUUGAGGCGAGAUCUAUUACCACAUAAUGAAUGCUGUCUUAUGC